AUGCGGCGGGUCAUUCUCGUCGGCUUAUGCGGGCUGUUGGCGGUGGUGGAGCGGGCCGACUCGCAAGGCCUGCCCAGCUUCUCGCUGCUCUCGCCCAACUUUCUGAGUCCCCAGCUCACCAAGAACCACAACCAGUUCAUCAAGAAUGGGCCGUCGUCGCGGAUCUUCCAAAACUCGGCGGUGAUCAACACGGUGAACGGGGGCGGAGGGUAUUGUGGACCGGGAUGCCAGGGUGCCAAUGGGGUGCCUCCGGUGCAUGUGACGUUGUGUAUAUGUAAUAACAACAACCAUCACAAGAGCGAUGUUGAAAAGGAGGCGGUCAAGAAGGCUAAGCCGAAAGAGGAGGAGGAAGAGGGCGAGACGCAUACGGUUAUUAUUCCAGAAGGUAAGUGGUGCCUUUCAAAUACUCUUUUUUACUUCUAAUCUCCAUUGCUUUACAUUUACAGCGCACCCACCCGAAUUGAUUGCCAGUAAAGGCGAAACGGGCCGAGUUCCGCCCUCCUAUCAGAUUCAGAAGGAUCGACGGUACGAUUCCAAGUUUUAUUAUACUCAUCAUCAUUACCAGUAUUAAUGUUCUCAAAGUCUUCUAAUCUGAAUUGUUUUAGCAACUUGUUGGCAAGUUACACUUGUUAGUUCAUGUUUUAUGUAGUCUUGUUGUCUGAAUCCCAUCUUAUUUAUUAUUUAUUAUUCACAAACUCCUCAGAUAUUAGUACAACGAACUUUUAUUCCCAAUAAAGUAUUUAUGAUAUAAUUUCACCCCGGAAUUCCGAGGAUUUUGAUGUUUAGACUUUGUUAUGCCAAGGAUAAGCCUUUACGUGGCAGGAGAAACAAAAUGAUGAAUGUAGAAUUACUGGGUGCUACGACUUUACGGGUCAGCGACAGUUCGGUUCAGCGGUACUAUGGAUUGCCUAGGUUCGAAGAGAGAGGCUAG